CCCUCAAGCGCCCGGAUCGAUCGGCCCGGGACCGGGAGGGAGGGAAGGAUGGAGCCGUCGCGGCGGCUCCUGCUGUCGGACUACGACGGCGCGGUCGAGUCGCCGCUGCCGUCGCCGCCGCCCUCCUCGGCCACGCCGUUCCGCCCCGGGGUGGCCGUCGUCGUGGGCAUCCUCACCAGCGUCUUCUCCAUCACGUUCCUGCUCCUGCUCUACGCCAAGCACUGCAAGCGCAGCGCCGCGGAGUCGUCGGGGCCCUACGGCGCCGGCGCCGGCGGCGGGUUCGGGUCGUCCGGCGCCGGCGCCGCGGGGGACCGGAGGAACUCGGGGGUCGACCGCGCCGUCGUGGAGUCGCUGCCCGUGUUCCGCUACGGCGCGCUGCGCGGGCAGAAGGAGGGGCUCGAGUGCGCCGUCUGCCUCGGCCGGUUCGAGCCCACGGAGGCGCUCCGGCUGCUGCCCAAGUGCCGGCACGGCUUCCACGUCGAGUGCGUGGACACCUGGCUCGACGCGCACUCCACCUGCCCGCUCUGCCGCUCCCGCGUCGACCCGGAGGACGUGCUGCUCCUCCCGGAGCCGCCCAAGCCGUCCACCACGGGGCCGCCCGACCCGCCGGAGACCAAGGCGGCCAAAGAGGCGUCCCCGGCGCCGCCCGCUGCGCCCGCUCCGUCACCCGCGCCGGGCGGGCGGAGGAUCUCCGGCAGGCACUCCACGGGGUCGGUGCGCGCGCCCGGGCGCGUCGGCCCUAGCUCGCGUCGCUCGGCCGACGGCGGCGUGGCCGUGGGCUGCUUCGACGGCGCCAAGGUGCGCAAGGACCGGGUGCUGCUGGUGGAGCCGGCGGCCGUCGUGGCCGAGCCGGAUCCGGAGGCGUUCGACCGGCGGUUCGGGCACCGCAUCCUGGUGAGCACGGCCGGCGGGUGCGAGGGCGAGACGGCCCCCGCGGCGCAGCAGCGGUGGAGCGACCUGCGCCCGUCCGACCUCAUGUUCGUGCGCUCCGAGUUCCUGGUCACGGACGCCGGCCGCUACUCCUGCUCCGCGGCCGUCAACCCGGGCAGCGCCCGGAGCGCCAUCGGCGUGCGGAGCCUGUCGGAGCUGGCGGGCGUCUGCCGCCUCCCGCCCAUCCGCGCCGAGGGGGAGGGCGGCAGCGAGCCCCGGGCCACCGGCGCGCCGCGGCGGUGGCGGCCCGGGUCGAGCUGGUGGGCGCCGAGGGGCCCGCCCGCGCCCGGGCGUAACGGCCCUAGCGCCUGCUAGGCCACUGUUGCGCGCGCGGGCGGGGCCCACGUUGCGGCCGGAAGAAAAGCUCCUCCCGUCGACGCUACCAGAAUUGCCCCUGAAGAUGGGCCGGAAUUGCCGACGCCCGCGCCCAUUUCCGGAUCGACGGCGGGGGUCACGUGAUGGGCAGCGUGGUAUUUGUGGCGCCCCUCCCCCUCUUUCCGGGCCCACGCCGGCCGCGGCCUCGGGAGCCGCGCCGGAGCGCGAGGAGGAGACGGGGGAUGUUGCUUUCGCGGGCAUCUCGAGGCGGGUGCUGCCCGGUACUCUGGCCGGUACGUGCGGCGCGGAUUGGGCGCGGGCCGCGGAUGGCGCCGCGGAGAUCGAGGCUGGAUGGAUGGAUGGCGCGGUGGCCGCGGAUCCGCUGCGGCGGCCGGACGGGAAGCACGGCGCUGCGGUGAAUGCUUGUGGCCGGUGGUGGCCAGGCGGCGCGCAGGUGAGGUUUUGGCGGCUUGCGUCGGCCGGGUCGGGGGUUAGGGAACCAUACGAGAGAUCAAGGUUGGGCGAGUGCGUUGGUGUGCAGUUGUACUAGCGCUGCUAAAAAUUCUUUUGUCUGUAAUGAACAAGAAAGCAAAGU